AGAGGAACCAGUGGGAGGCCAGCCUGUACCUUCGAGGAAGCACCAAGGGGCAGCCACGGAGCCAGGAGGAAGCUUCAGCCUGGCCGGUUCACCCAGGAUCAAGCAGGAGCUCAGUGCCCUGGGUUGAGGUGCCCAUCUGAUGAGGAGAUGGCCGAUGCCCAGAAUGUUUCACUAGACAGCCCAGGAAGUACGGGGGCUGUGGCAGUGCCUGUGGUCUUUGCCCUCAUCUUUCUGCUGGGCACAGUGGGCAACGGGCUGGUGCUGGCGGUGCUGCUGCAACCUGGCCCGAGCGCCUGGCUGGAGCCAGGCAGCACUACGGAUCUGUUCAUCCUCAACCUGGCAGCGGCCGACCUCUGCUUCAUCCUGUGCUGUGUGCCUUUCCAGGCCGCCAUCUACACCCUGGAUGCCUGGCUUUUUGGGGCCCUCGUCUGUAAGGCUGUGCACCUGCUCAUCUACCUCACCAUGUAUGCCAGCAGCUUCACCCUGGCGGCUGUCUCGGUGGACAGGUACCUGGCCGUGCGGCACCCGCUGCGCUCGCGGGCCUUGCGCACGCCGCGCAACGCCCGGGCCGCCGUGGGCCUGGUCUGGCUGCUGGCGGCGCUCUUCUCGGCGCCCUACCUCAGCUACUACGGCACCGUGCGCUACGGCGCGCUCGAGCUCUGCGUGCCCGCCUGGGAGGACGCGCGCCGGCGCGCCCUCGACGUGGCCACCUUCGCCGCCGGCUACCUGCUGCCCGUGGCCGUGGUGAGCCUGGCCUACGGGCGCACGCUGCGCUUCCUGUGGGCCGCCGUGGGCCCCCCGGGCGCGGCGGCGGCCGAGGCCCGGCGCAGAGCCACGGGCCGCGCGGGGCGCGCGAUGCUGGCGGUGGCCGCGCUCUACGCGCUCUGCUGGGGACCGCACCACGCGCUCAUCCUCUGCUUCUGGUACGGCCGCUUCGCCUUCAGCCCGGCCACCUACGCCUGCCGCCUGGCCUCGCACUGCCUCGCCUACGCCAACUCCUGCCUCAACCCGCUGGUCUACGCGCUCGCCUCGCGCCACUUCCGCGCGCGCCUCCGCCGCCUGUGGCCCUGCGGCCCCCGCCGCCCCCGCUGCCCCCCGGGCGCCCGCCGCGCCCUCCGUCGCGUCCGCCCGGCGUCCCCCGGCCCCGCCGGCUGCCCCGGGGACGCCCGGCCUCGCGGGAGGCUGGCGGCGGGCGGCGGCUGGGGCGGGGAGCCGGGUCGGGAGCCCGCCCGCGGCGGAGAGCCUGGACGAGCCCUGCCUGCCCCGGGACCGGAAUAAACCUUAUCCGCCUCCA